AUGAAUAUUUUCAGAUUUAUAGCAGAUUUACUUCAUUUAACUUCCUUCUUCAUUUUGAUUUUCAAGAUCAGAAAAUCAAUGAAUGUUGUAGGUUUAUCUUACAAGUCAAAAGAAUUAUAUUUAGUUGUAUUCCUUCUCAGAUAUUUGGACUUAUUUUUAUACUUUGUUUCAUUUUACAACACUAUAAUGAAGAUUCUAUACAUUUCAUUGACAGCUUAUCUUAUUUACAUCAUUAGAUUUAGAAGACCUUAUUGCUUAACCUACGAUUCAUAAAAUGACUCUUUUCCUCACUUAAAAUUCAUUUAUCCAGGUGCCGCUCUUGUAACCCUAAUUUCCCUCGAUUACUCUAACAUAGGAUUAUUUGAAAUUUGCUGGACAUACUCUAUUUGGUUAGAGUCUUUAGCUAUUCUUCCUUAAUUGCACAUGAUUCAAUAAACAAAAGAAUGUGAAAAUAUCACAGGACAUUACAUGGCCUCCCUUGGUUUCUACAGAUUUUUCUAUAUUUUAAAUUGGAUAUACGUUUAUUACUAUACUGAAAAAAUUUAAUGGAUUUCUACUCUUGGUGGAAUACUCUAAACGGCUCUUUACUCUGACUUUUUAUAUGUCUAUUUAAAAAGCCAAGGAAGAAAGAUUGAAAUUUCAGUUUGA